GGAGACGAGCCUGACGGUUCAGACUGCUGCUUUCGAAAACCUGGAAAGCGAAAUCAGCCCCCUUUUUUUUUUAGUUUGACCAGUUUCAAUUUAAGUAAGCAGGGGGAGUGUGAAAGUAGUCACGUAAUUAAAUAAGUAACGAUUUGUUCGUUGGGACUUCUAUACAGUAGACGUCCUCUGUGAGCAUGUCUCUUCCACCAGAAAAGGCUUCUGAGCUGAAACAGAUCAUUCACAACCACUUGACAAAGAUCGAUAUCCAUGGGAAGAUCCGGGAUGUCUUGGCUGAGACCGUGCGGGAGGAGCUGGGCUCUGGACAUCACAAUCUCUCGGAAGAGGACUUGAUACGGGGUUUGCAACGAAGGGGGAUCGUCGAUGAUGUCAUGAAGGACCUAAGCUUUGUGCAGGAAUUGCCAAGCAGAGAGGCCAUCUCUACUCCUAAACCCUCAACACAUUUUGUCGACAAGGAGCCAGCACAACUCAAGAAAACCAACAUUGACCCAACGAGAAGGUACCUUUACCUGCAGGUUCUUGGGGGAAAGGCUUUUCUGGAGCAUCUCCAGGAGCCUGAGCCAUUACCUGGGCAGGUGUGCUCCACAUUCACCCUGUACCUGCACUUCAGGAACCAGCGUUUCCGCUCCAAGCCUGUGCCCUGCGCCUGUGAGCCAGAUCUCCAGGAGGGCUUCCUGCUGGAAGUCCACAGAGAGGGUCCAGGUGACGGCAGUAAGAUGGCAGAUGCCACAACAAUGUUGUCUGUUAGUGAUCCCGUUCACAUGGUUCUUAUCAAGACGGACACAUCAAGUGAGACUUUGCUAGUUUCCUCCUAUUUCCUGGAUUGGCGAUCCGUCCUGAGUUCACCGAAUGGAAGAACUACUUUAGCUGUGGAACUCCUGGGAGUGGGCAGUGAGUCCAAAGUGCCAGUUGGUGUCCUUAACAUAAAACUGGAGCUCUACCCACAGCUAACUGAGACCUUGACGCCCGAUAUAAUCAGCACGCAGCAAGCCCUGGAGCGACAGAAAAGCGCAGAGAAAGAGCGUUUAUUCCUUGUCUACGCCAAGCAGUGGUGGAGAGAGUUCCUCCAGAUCCGGCCUUCACACAACACAAAGCUGGUCAAGAUCUUUGCACAGGACGAGAACGGGACGAACCGGCCCGUGUGCUCCUAUGUGCGAGCGCUGCGCGCGGGGCGGCUUCUGGACACCCCGCGGCAGGCGGCGCGCUUCGUCAGCCUGCUGGGCCACGAGAGGGCCCCGGUCAUCGGUGGCGGGGGGAGGCAGGAGCAGUGGUGCACUCUGCUGGCCUUCCUGUGCAGGAGCAAGGGCGACUGCGAGGAUCAUGCCACCCUCCUCUGCAGCCUCCUGCUGGGCUUUGGCCUCGAAGCCUACGUUUGCAUAGGGACCAAGGCUAAGGGAGUGCCCCACGCCUGGGUGAUGACCUGCGGCACCGAAGGAGCCGUUACUUUCUGGGAGAGUCUCACCGGGCACAGGUACGUUCACCAGCCCGUCAACCCCGAUGACCCCCCACUGGCGCGGCCGCCGAAACCCUCCCACCCCUACAAAACCGUCGGCUGCGUUUUCAAUCACAAGGCCUUCCUGGCCAACUGCCAGGGCUCGGACGCCGUGGAGCUGUGCGUCUUCGACUUCCGCAACGAGUCGCGGUGGAAGGCCAUGAGCGAAGACGCCCUCCGGUCCGUGUGCGCCCCGGGGGCCACCACCUCCCUUCCUCCUGCCCCCCCUCUGUGCGCCCCCGUCAUCGACGCCGCCUCCGCAAGCAACGAGAUGGAGCUGCAGAUCAGAUACCUGGUGUCUGAGCACAGGAAGGACCUUGGCCUGACCACGGUGUGGGACGACCACCUGUCUUAUCUGCUCUCGCCCGCCCUGGCGGCUUACGAGCUGGAGCGCGCCGCGGGGGUGUCCUGCGGGAACGAGGAGUUUCAGGACGCCGUGAGGAGGGCUGUGCCUGACGGCCACACCUUCAAGGGAUUCCCAAUACACUUCAUCCACAGGAACACCAGAAGGGCGUUCGCUACUUGUCUAAGGUCCCCGUUUUGUGACGAGAUUGUGUGCUGCCGAGGGGAUCAUGUGAGGAUUGCAGUCCGAGUGAGAGUCUUCACUUACCCUGAAUCUGCUUGUGCUGUUUGGAUUAUGUUUGCCUGCAAGUAUCGUUCAGUACUCUAAUGGUGCUCUCCACUAGGAAUAUUCUGUCCAUCUUGUCUGUUUUGCAGUGUUUUGUCAUUUUUUAAAUAGGACAUCAAAGUAACAGUUUGUUUUAUAGAUUGUAAGAUUCUGUAUUUAUACUGUAUACUUUUAAAAAAUAAAUAUAUAUAUUUUUAUAAGAAAACAGUACAACUUUAAUAUCUUGGAGUGAUAUACUGUAGAAGCUGUUGUACAUUUUGUCUGAUAGUACAAGCUAAGAAUAAUUAUUUGUAGCCAACGAUAUUUUGAUCAUGUUUGCUGGAAUUGUUUACAGAGUGUCACACAAUCACAGCAAGGUUUAGAAAUCACAUUAGCAUGAUUAAACAACCAAGCUUUAUUCAAAUCUGGCAUCCCUGUAGCAGUUAUAAAGGACCCCAAAUUCUUGAUUUAUCUUGGACAUUUUUCUUAAUCCUCAUCCUCACAUCCUCACAAUUAUAACAUAACUUGCACACACAGUAAAAAACACAUAUGGACACAUGCAUAGUUGUAGUUUGUUUUAUUAUGUUGGAAAAAUAGAUUCAUCCCUUUUUUUCUUACUUAGGUUAGCCACAAAUCAGAAGAGAAACCUAAUAUAAAAAUAUUACAAAUUGUCCAGAGCAAUUCAACACCUGUUAAAUGAUCCAUUAAAGUAUUAGUUAUAUGGCCUUGACUCAAAGGAUACUUGUACUGGCCUAGAAUAAAUUAAAAGGGUAUGUUUUUAGCUAGUAUCCUUUUCCGUCCAGUAUUCCCUCUUUAUCAUGAUUCAUUUUAUGUAGCAGUUUAAAAAAAGUGUUCUUACUUCAAUGAAAUCAAGUUUCAAACACUUUAUACUUUGAGGGUCAGAAUUCAGUAGGUGUUCCAGGUCUCUAAGACCUCAAGAGCUGGAGACCUUUGAAAAGUUAAGACGAUGAUGAGCUCAAUUAGGUCAUUAAGAGCAAAGAUGGGGCAACCAAAUAUACCUCAGUACAGCCUAAGAAGAGAUUCUGUCUAGAUUUUAGUAGUCACAAAUACAUUAAGAAAUGCUUAAUCUUGCAUUCAGUGAAUGUGUGCUUGUGGGAAACGUGAUGAAAUGGUCAAAUGUAUGCUUUUCGUGAAUGUAUUUUUGGUUUAAGCCUUUAAUCUUACAGAUUGUUAAGAGAGAACAGCAACACUAAAAUGUUCCCAUGGUAAAUGCUGAAGCCAAGACAAAGAUGAAAAAUGCAGGACAUUACUCUACCUCCUUCCUUUUGAUGUGUUUGUACUGGGAUGGGACAGGACAAGGCGAUGUGUUUGGAGAGUGCUCUGGGCUGACUCCGAUGUAAGUCAUAAUAAAAAAUUAACAAAAAAAAACACCCAGUGACAAAAAAACAGAGCAUUUUCAUGGACGUGUUUUUGCCUUUUGGAUUUUUUAAGAUGGACACGAUUGGAAAGCAGUCAAAAUGUAAUGGGAAAAAAACAGACGAAGAAGGCUGUUUACACAGUCUACCUCAGUUUCUCAAAGCUCUUGAUUUUUUUUUGUGUUUCCUGAGAUCUAGAGGUUUUUGUUUUUUAAGGGAUGGUGUUGAUUUCAGUGUCUGUGCGUUUUGCCCCAUUGGUCCAGUUCGGUUAGUAGCAUAUUCACCUAAACUCUUGAGACAUGCAGUGUGAUUAGUUCACAUUCUGCAGAUUCUGGGUGUGAGUCUUUAAAGGAUCUUUCUGUGCUGAACUCACAUGCUGUGUUCAAGGUUAUAUCCUUGUCUUCCAAUUACAUUGCUUGACCUAUAUAUGCUAAAAGACCUGAAUUGCUAUUUUUGUGUACACUUAAUCAGAGCCUACUAUGAUUUUCUCAUUCAUCAUACUUUUUUCCUCCCUUUUUUGUGCAAACCACUUGCCCUGCUUGUUUUGACAAAGGAUCAAAACAGCGGUUUAAUCUUGUACAGUUUUUAAAAUAUAUGAAUUCUGGAUUAAAUUUUUUAAAUUCA